CCCUGCGCCCACGACGACAGCCGCAGCGACCGCGACAGCGGUGGGGGACGCUGCUGAGUCGAAGAGAACUCAGCCUGGCCACCGGACCUACUUACUCGCCUUGCUGAUUUUCUAUUUUUAUAAGAGUUUACGACUUUUCUAAAACUUUUGUAUACAAAGGAACUUUUUUUAAAAAGACGUCUUCAAUAUAUAUUUAAUCCAAAGAAGAAGAAUCUCGGGCAAUUGGGUUGUUUCUUUUUUCUUUUCUUUUUGGUUUUUGGCUCCGUUUCUAAGGUUUUUUUUUUUUUUACCCCCCUCUUGACUUUGGGGUUCGGAUACCCCAGCUGCUUCGGGCACCCGAGGACCUUCUGGGCCCCACAUUAAUGAGGCAGCCACCUGGCGAGUCUGACAUGGCUGUCAGCGACGCGCUGCUCCCGUCCUUCUCCACGUUCGCGUCCGGCCCGGCGGGAAGGGAGAAGACACUGCGUCCAGCAGGUGCCCCGAAUAACCGCUGGCGGGAGGAGCUCUCCCACAUGAAGCGACUUCCCCCGGUGCUUCCCGGUCGUCCCUACGACCUGGCGGCGGCGACCGUGGCCCCAGACCUGGAGAGUGGCGGAGCCAGCGCUGCGUGCGGUGGUAGCAACCCGGCCCUUCUACCCCGAAGGGAGACUGAGGAGUUCAACGAUCUCCUGGACCUAGACUUUAUUCUCUCCAACUCAUUGUCCCACCAGGAGUCGGUGGCCGCCACCGUGUCCUCGUCGGCGUCAGUCUCAUCCUCUUCAUCCCCAUCUAGUAGCGGCCCUGCCAGCGCGCCCUCCACCUGCAGCUUCAGUUAUCCGAUCCGGGCCGGGGGUGACCCGGGUGUGACGCCAGGCGGCACCAGCGGCGGCCUCCUCUAUGGCCGGGAAUCAGCGCCGCCUCCCACGGCUCCCUUCAACCUGGCGGACAUCAACGAUGUGAGCCCUUCGGGCGGCUUCGUGGCGGAGCUCCUGCGGCCCGAAUUGGACCCCGUGUACAUUCCGCCGCAGCAACCGCAGCCGCCAGGUGGCGGGCUGAUGGGCAAGUUUGUGCUGAAGGCAUCGCUGAGCGCCCCUGGCAGCGAGUACGGCAGCCCGUCGGUCAUCAGUGUUAGCAAAGGCAGCCCUGACGGCAGCCACCCGGUGGUGGUAGCGCCCUACAGCAGCGGGCCGCCUCGCAUGUGCCCCAAGAUCAAGCAGGAGGCGGUUUCCUCGUGCACGGUCGGUCGACCCCUAGAGGCCCACUUGGGCGCUGGACCCCCGCUCAGCAAUGGGCACCGGCCUAGCGCGCAUGACUUCUCCCUGGGGCGGCAGCUCCCCAGCAGGACUACCCCGACCCUGGGUCCCGAGGAACUGCUGAGCAACCGGGACUGUCACUCUGCCUUGCCGCUUCCCCCAGGAUUCCAUCCCCAUCCGGGACCGAACUAUCCACCCUUCCUGUCCGACCAGAUGCAGCCACAGGUCCCACCACUCCACUACCAAGGUCAGUCCAGGGGAUUCUUAGCUGGGGCUGGGGAGCCCUGCGUGUGCUGGCUCUCCGGGGCCCACGACAUGAUGUUGACCCCACCUUCUUCGCCCCUAGAGCUCAUGCCACCUGGUUCCUGCCUGCCAGAGGAACCCAAGCCAAAGAGGGGAAGAAGGUCUUGGCCCCGGAAAAGGACCGCCACUCACACUUGCGAUUAUGCCGGCUGCGGCAAAACCUAUACAAAGAGUUCUCAUCUCAAGGCACACCUGCGAACCCACACAGGUGAGAAACCUUACCACUGUGACUGGGAUGGCUGCGGGUGGAAAUUUGCCCGCUCUGAUGAACUGACCAGGCACUACCGCAAACACACGGGGCACCGCCCGUUCCAGUGCCAGAAGUGCGACCGGGCCUUUUCCAGGUCGGACCACCUGGCCUUACACAUGAAGAGGCACUUUUAAAUCCCAAAUAGUGGAUAUGACCCACACUGCCAGAAGAGAAUUCAGUAUUUUUUUUUAACCUUUCACACACCGUCUUCCCAUGGGGGAGGAGCCCAGCUGACAAGCACUACAAUCAUGGUCAAGUUCCCCAGGAGUCAGCUUGUGAAGGAACGGAUGAUCGGUAGAAAGGAGGAAUGAAAGACUCAAAGAACUGACGGGUCUGUGACUGGAUCUUCUAUCAUUCCAAUUCUCAAUCCAACUUGAACAUGCCUGGACUUACAGAAUGCCAAGGGGUGACUGGAAGUUUGGAUAUCAGGGUAUAAAUUAGAUCCGAGAGUUGGGGGUGGGGGGAGGGAAGAGCAGAAUUCCCUUGAAUUGUGUUUCCAUGCAAUAUUAAGCAUAAAGAUCACCUUGUAUUCUCUUUGCCUUCUAAAAGCCAUUAUUAUGUUAGAAGAAGAGGAAGAAAUUCAGGUACAGAAAAAUGUGUUUUUUUAAUAGCCUACGCGCGAUGGUGCUUGGUGAGUCUUGGUUCUAAAGGUACCAAAUGAGGAAGCCAAAGUUCUCAAACUGCUGCAUACUUUGACAAGGAAAAUCUAUUUUUGUCUUCCGAUCUACAUGUAUGACCUAAGUCAGGUAAAUACGCCUGGUUUACUUCUUUUACAUUUUUUAUGCAGACAGUCUGUUAUGCACUGUGGUUUCAGAUGUGCAAUAAUUUGUACAAUGGUUUAUUCCCAAGUAUGCCUUAAGCAGAACAAAUGUGUUUUUUUCUAUAUAGUUCCUUGCCUUAAUAAAUAUGUAAUAUAAAUUUAAGCAAACUUCUAUUUUGUAUAUUUGUAAACUACAAAGUAAAAAAAAUGAACAUUUUGUGGAGUUUGUAUUUUGCAUACUCAAGGUGAGAAUUAAGUUUUAAAUAAACCUAUAAUAUUUUAUCUGAACAAUGA